AUGACGAAGCCAGGAUUGCGGAGCGGGGGAGGGCAAGGGGUUGAGGAUGGCGACGCGUCAGAUGGGGAAGCGGACCGGGUAGACGCCCAGAUAAUCCUUGUGAGGGAGAAAACUAAAAUGUUGGAACGAGAGAUCCGACUCGCGGAGCUUCGCGCUGACGAGCGGAGAAGUAGAGAACAGGCUGGUGGGCGCGAUCAGGAGGGCAAAAAUGGGGACGCACUCAAGCACUAUUCUAGAAUGCUACAGGGAGCCAUCCCAAAAUUCCCGACUGACGCAGAGGUCCCGGUAUGGUUCGACACGGUGGAGUGUUUGUUCGCGCGAUUCGAGGUGCCGGCCGCGGUUCAGGCGCACUUGGUGUACCCGCUCGUGGCGGCUCGGCACGGUUACCUUUGUUCGCGGAUAGAGGGGGACCAGUUCUCGUUCGAACAAAUCAGGCAGACAGUGUUGAAGGAGCUGCGGCUCUCACCCGACGAAUAUCGGAAGAAAUUCGUCUCAACAUCGAGGAGGAAGGACGAGAGCUGGCAGCAGUUCGGCACGCGUUUGUCAAGCUACCUAACAUACUACGUGGAAGCACGAGGCGUGGAGUCCUUCGAGAGAUUGAAGGCGCUGCUGGUCGCGGACCAGCUGAAAGCAUCGGUUGGCGCAGACGCCCUUAAGUACGUAACCCUUAAGGAAGGGAAGGAGUGGUUCGAUCGAUCGCAAAUCGCAGACCUCCUGGCCCUGUAUGAUCAAGCCGAGUGUCGCAGCGCCACGCCCGUUCGUCCUGUAGCGGGAGGGGCAGAAAAGGGGGACAAGGCGCGGAAACCGGAAGGUAAAAAGAAUCCCGGGGGCUUUAAACCUUCAGGGGGCAGGUUUGGUAGCAAGACAUGUUACAGGUGUGGCAGUCCGUCACACCUGGCAGCCGCAUGCCCACAGUCGAGGGAGGAGAGGGCAACUGCGACUGCCGAUAGCUCCAAGGUGCAAUGCGUUGCACUCAACCCAGAAAACCGAGAGACGCUGGCGGCAAAGAUCGAAAGAUCAGGAGAGAGGCAAGGCGUAAAGUCGCCGUUACUGCACACACAUGUGAUCUGCGGCGGGCAACCCAUAAACGCUAUCGUGGACACGGGCAGCGAAAUCACCGUCAUACGUGAGAGCCUGUUGCUUCCGAGAGACCUCGAACCGAGCGGUUCGAUAACACUCGUGGCCGCGUUUGGAUCCAAAAUCCAGGCCAAGCUGGUGACUAUUCCUAUGAAGCUCGCGUCGAGCGGGGCUGAUGCCGUCCCUCCCACGGUGGUUGAAAGGGUUCCGAUUUUGUGUGCGGUGACCGACGAACUCGCGCCCCAUACCGAUUGCUUGCUAUCAGCAGAGGCAUGGGAAGCCUUAAAUUGCGCUGAAGCUGAGCGGGAGCCGAUCCCGGCAGUGACCGAACCCGGCGAAGAGUCACACAUGCACGCGGUAACCCGGGCGGGGGAGGGUGCGGCGCUCAGAGAACCGGCGGCGCGACGCGAUCGGGAAACAGCGGCGAGGAGCGAGACCGAUCGCCCCGCGUUCGAGCGGGAGGCCCCUUGCUCUAAGUCUAAGGGAACUAGGAAGGAGCAGCUGUCAGACGAACAACGGGGCGACCCGACGCUAAGAAAACCGUUCACUGACGCCAAAGUCGGGAAGGGGGGGAUGUUCGUACAGGACGGACUUCUGUGGCACCACGACAAACUUUCGGGGGAAAGUGUAACACAGUUGGUACUUCCGAGUGGGCGACGCAAAGAGGUGUUGCUGUUGGCCCACGAAUCGCCAUGGGGCGGUCACCUCGGAGCUAGGAAGACAGUGGCGCGCAUUAAACACACUUUCUACUGGCCAGCCAUAGAGGCUGAGGUAAAGGAACACUGCAACUCCUGCCACGCCUGCCAGUUGAGAAAGGACAGGCGCACAGACGAUCGUAUUCCGAUCACACCGCUCACGCGCCCCGACUUUCCGUUUCAGUGUGUAAACAUGGACGUAAUCGGCCCCCUGGACCCACCAUCCGCUAGAGGUCAUAGGUACGCUCUUUGCGUGGUAGACCUGCACACGAGGUGGCCGGAGGUAGUCUGUCUUAGGUCCUUGACUGCUAGGGCAACCUGCGAGGCACUGCUUAGCAUAUUCAGCCGUACCGGAGUGCCGGAGAAAAUAGCGUGCGACCAGGGAACGAAUUUUACCGCUGGCCUGACGCAGGAGUUUUUGGCGCGGUUGGGGUGCGCGCCCAGGUUUUCGACACCCGAGCACCCCGAGAGCAAUGGAAGCGUCGAGAGGUGGAACAGAGUUUUCAAGAAUAUGCUCCAUCAUGUGAUCAAGGACGAGGGUAAGCAGUGGGACAGGUUCGUCCCGUAUUUGCUUUGGGCCUAUCGAGAGGUUCCCCAUGAGACUACGGGAGCGUCACCAUUCCAGUUGUUGUAUGGCCGCACUCCGAACGGCCCGCUGGCCAUACUCAAGGACGCUUGGACGGGCCAGGUCGAGAUGCCACCGACCCUGCGAGAACAGCCGGCGGCGUACCUUCAUGAGCUGAGGAAUAAGUUGGAGAGGGCGGCAAGCGCUGCGCAGCUUACGUCCAUCCAGCGACAGAGAGACUACGCCUCUUACUAUAACCGAAAGGCCAAGGCAAAGAGCUUUGAGGUAGGGGACGACGUUCUCGUGUUUGAUACCAAUACGCAAGGUAAAAUGCUUUCCAAGUGGAGUGGGCCGCACACUGUCGUUGCAAAAUAUCACGAUCACUCCUACGUGUUAGAGACCGAACAGGGCAGGAGACGCACAGUGCACGCCAAUAUGCUUAGACGGUACCACGCGAGGGUAGGGCAGGUGGGGGUGAUCUUUCACGAAGAUGAUGAUUUCGGGGAGGUCGGCUAUACGCCGCGAAGUCCGUCUCUGGGUUCUCCCAAUACCGCGGUAUUCCCUGAGGAGGCCUUGACCCACCUGAACGAACCCAAGAAGGCUCAGAUGCGGGAGCUGUUGUCCGAGUUCGAUCAACUGUUCGUCGAGCAGCCCCGAGUGGCGGAUGUGGGCGAACACCGCAUCACUUUGAGGGAGAAUUGUCUACUGAAGAGUCCGCACCGUUAUCGAAUUCCCGACGUGUUGAAAGGGGAGGUAACCAGGCAGGUGGGCGAGCUUCUCGAGCUGGGAUUGGUAUAUCCCACCGAGAGUGAGUUCGCGCACCCAGUUGUCUGCGUGGCCAAGAAAGACGGCGGCAUGCGGAUGUGCAUCGACUACCGAAGCCUCAAUGAGGUCACCCGUGACGAUGCCUUCCCGAUGUCGCUGCCGCAAGAGUUAAUCCUGAGGGUCGGUCGAGCCGCAUACAUUUCACUCGUCGAUCUCCGGCGCGGGUAUUGGCAGGUGCCCCUGGCUCUCGAGAGUCAGAGUCACACGGCCUUCGUCACGCACGACGAGCUGGCCCUCCCUCUCACCGAGUUGACCGCCAAGCGCGUGCCGAACACAGUUCCGUGGGGAGAUCGGGCCGAGCGCGCCUUCGAGGGACUGAAAGCAGCUCUCAUGAACGCCACGGCUCUCGCGACGCCGGACCCCGGUCGGCCGUACUGGUUGUUUACUGAUGCGUCAGAUUUCGCGGUCGGGGCUUGUCUCGCUCAGGUGUCGGAUGGAGGGAAGGAGGGGCCUGUCGCGUUCGCCAGCCACAAAUUCUCUCCCACUCAGUCGCGCUGGGCAACUAUCGAGAAGGAGGCGUUCGCCGUUAUAUGGGCGUUACAGAAGUUUGACAAUUGGCUGUUUGGGGCCCAAGUCAACGUGGUGUCCGACCAUAACCCGCUUUCCUACUUGACCGCCAGCACUCCGAAAAGCGCCAAGCUGAUCAGGUGGUCGCUGGCAUUGCAGCGCUACCAAGUGACAGUAACUCACAGGAAGGGAAGCGAACACGUAAAUGCAGACGCGCUCUCCAGGUUGCCCAACAACUGUUGGAGCGAUAAAUAA